AUUCCGUCACCAUUGUCCUUCCAGUCGCGUAGACGGUACGCGCGCGGCAGAGAAAUCGCACGGGGGCUGUCAGAACUCGAGGGACAGUAUCGCGAAGAAAGCGAUAAGAAAAAGGACGACAAUUCCUCCGGAGUGACCGUAGUGCGGCGGAAGUAUUAAUUGCGCGAUCGUCGCUAUUUAUUUGCUCCUCACCACCUCCCGCGUGUCCCAUCGAACAAAUUGCCAUGGCGGUCAGAGUGUGCGCGCGCGUUAUUAUGCAGCUCGUCAUCGUUGUAUCCGCAUCCAAUUUCAUCGCCGACGCCAGCGUAGAUCAUCGCGAGGAGUGGGUUGUCAGGGUACACGGGGGAUCGCAAGUGGCGUCGCUAUUAGCCGCUCAGUCCGGCUACAAACACCAUGGUCCGGUUCUCGGAUUCAAGGACACAUAUAUAUGGCUUAAGGAUGAUAAUCCGAGCCAAAAGAAAAGGGGAAAUAUUCGCUUGACGAAGGCUCUUAAUGCAAACUCUAAGAUCAUCUGGGCGGAUCAGCAGAAAACCGUAAAACGACUUAAACGCGAUUAUGUCUCAUUAGCCGAUUUGGAGUCUGAAAAACCAUUGACGCGAGAAAAACGUGUACAACUAAACAUAUACGGAGAUGCAUCAAAUGCCAUUAAUAGCGAGAAUCAUGUUGCUGAUGUCCGCAAACGGAUAUUCAACGAUGAACUUUGGGAUCAGGAAUGGUAUCUGCAAGAUACGAGGACGAAUAAAGCUUUGCCGAAGCUCGACUUAAACGUUCUGCCUCUCUAUCGACUGGGGAUAACUGGUCGGGGAGUGAAGAUUGCUGUUCUCGACGAUGGUUUAGAGUACACUCAUGAUGACCUGCGGAACAAUUAUGAUGCGGCUAUUAGUUAUGACAUAAAUGAAGGCGAUGAUGAUCCUUUUCCAAGAUACGAUGUGUCAGGGAUGAACGGUCACGGCACCAGAUGUGCUGGCGAAAUAGCGAUGGAGGCCAACAACCAAAAGUGUGGCGUCGGUGUCGCCUUCGAGGCUUCCGUCGGUGGCAUCAAGCUCCUCGAUGGCCUGGUGAACGACCGUGUGGAAGGUGAAGCUCUGGGAUUCAAAUCGGGACUUAUUGAUAUCUACACAGCUUCAUGGGGACCGGCGGACGAUGGAAAAAGUUUAGAGGCACCUGGUAGACUCGCUGUCGAAGCGCUCGAACGUGGCGUAACAGAAGGUCGUAAAGGCAAAGGUAACAUUUAUGUAUGGGCUUCUGGGAACGGUGGCUCUAAAUCGGAUGACUGCGGAUGUGACGGAUACGUUGGGAGCAUAUACACCGUGGCUGUCGGAUCAGCCAGUCAAACCGGAAGAUUUCCUUGGUAUGGGGAAAGAUGUCCUGCUACUCUCGCUACGACGUACAGCAGCGGCGCGUAUCAUGAUCAGAUGAUAGCAACAACGGAUCUACGAAACACCUGCACGACUAGGCACACGGGUACUUCAGCUUCCGCCCCAUUAGCCGCCGGAAUAUUGGCUCUCGCGCUGCAAGUAAACGAGGACUUAACGUGGAGAGACAUUCAGCAUCUGAUAGCUUGGUCAUCGGAAUACAGUCCUCUCCGCGAAAAUCCGGGCUGGUUUAAAAACGCGGCUGGAUUUUGGUUCAACUCGCGCUUCGGAUUCGGACUUAUGAACGCGUACGCGCUGGUGACGACGAGUUAUAACUGGACGACAGUGCCGGAGAAAACUAUUUGCAAAGUGGAUAACGCGUACAUCGCCGAUACGAGACUGAUUUAUGGAAAUUCAAAGAAACUGCAAUUCAAUGCCGGUAACGUUUGUCGGACAUCGGGGAACGAAAUAAUUUCUUUGGAGCACGUGGAAGUCGAGACGAAUCUCAAGUACUCUCGUCGCGGCGCGCUGCAAAUGUAUCUGACUGCGCCUUCAGGGACCUUAGUCCGGAUUCUAAGUCCAAGGAAGCUGGAUAAUUCUGACGCUGGUUUUACGAAGUGGAAAUUCAUGUCGGUCGCGACGUGGGGCGAAGAUCCUCGAGGAACGUGGACUUUGGAUAUACUUGAUGAAAUAGGCCCGGAGCGGAAUAAUGGUACAAUUGGGGCAUUUACAUUAAUUUUGCACGGUACCGUGCAAAUUCCACUUUACCGCAGGAAUGGACCGCGAAUCUACAACGAAGACUACAAUCGAAUACGCAAAACGUACGACAUGAUGGAAUCGAACUCAGUAAAUUCCGAAGAUGAAUACGACCGAAAUAUAUCAUCGCCAGAAAUUAAUACCAUCUUGUAUAAGCAGUGGUUAAAAAAGCUAUUGUUAAAAAAAUUAUGA